UAUAAAAAAAAAUAGUGUGAAACUCUAUUAGGGCAUAAUUAAGAAAGCAAUGAAAUUCUUACAGGUCAGACGUUUAAAGUAACACAGAAUGAUUAAAAUUCCAUUAGAUAAAGAACUACUACUUAGUCAUAUUUUUGAUGCAUUUUUAUAAUAAACAUGUUCAACCCACUGGGUUAAUCAUUAUUGUUUGAAAGUAAAGUAGUUCUACUUAAUAACCUUAAAUUUCUAUACAGCAGUAUAUGAAGGGUGACAGGGUAUUAAAAAUCAGAACAUUACGCUGAUAGUGUCAGAGGUAUGUAGAGCUUGGUAUUCGUUCUUUUUGUUGAAUUCUGAAUAAAACAGACUUUUAUGGGACACAUGAUUAUUAACUAUCAGUUUUAAUACAUUUUUAUUUUUAGAUGAAGUUACUUCACCUGGUACUGUUUUUGGGGUUUGCUGCCUUUUUAUGUGCAGAACAUGAAAUAAAAGUUGAAGAUGAUAAUGAUGAUGAUUCAGACUUAAAGAUAGAGGACGAGCUAGAUACAACAGAUGAAGAAGUUACAGAUAAAGACAUGCAUCCUGAAGAAAUAAAUGAUGACGAAGAAGAAAAUGAUAUUGAAAACAGCGACAGCCCCGUUAAAAGCAAAGAUGGUGAGGAACAAGAUCCUGUUGCCUGGAUUUCACGACGUAGCUUUUCAAGUUCUACACAAUAGAGGCAACAAGUAAACAAAUUACCAAGGAAAAACAUUUUGUCUUUUGACAGAUCCUAGCUGACGUCAUCAAAAUUUAAAUAACGGUUCAUUUUUAUUUUUAUCCUGUCUAAGUGGAUAUUUCCACGGCCUUUAUCGACUAGUCUCUUAUAAUAAUACGCUAAGUGUGUCUGUCUGUCACUUUUGCAAACACGAUAUUUUUUACCACUCGAAUGCGCGAGUUUUUCGAGUUUUUUUGUUUUGUUUACAUUUGUCUCGCAGCCGUUAGAAACCACGUGAUAGAAAAUAAGCAGUAUGAUUCGUUCAAAUACGUACUUUCGAACGGGACGGCAUUCGAAUAAAAAGUUCCGUUAGCGUAAAAACAAACAAACAUAAAAAUUUCUCGACAAAGUUCUCGACACAAAAGGCGAACUGAAGAAGCGGUUAAAAAAUGUCUUAUUUUCGACGAUCCCUUAGUCACAAAAAAGUGCAGAUAUUAAAAGCAAGAAAAGUAAAAGUGGAGAAGUAGAAGUACAAAAGUAAAGUUAGAAGCCACGAGAAGUUACUUCGAAAGUGAAGAGUGCAGCUAGAAGUAGUAAAGAAAAAUUAGAAGUAGAAAAUAAAAGCUUGGGUUUAAAGUCGAUUUGGAUUCACAUAUAGUAAGAAGUUUGAUAUUUUUAGACGUUAUGUUUUUAUGUCGCUAGAGUUACGUGUCAGGCAGACUCGCAUUUGCCAGGAAAAAGUCACUUAAAAGCUUCAAAUUCUUUAAGUUUUAUGUUUUACCGCGUUUUUUAUAAAAAAGCUAGCAUUUACUGUUUUUUGCAUAAUUAAUGUAUCCCCCGGUGCGUAACUAAUGUUUUGUCCUAAAAUUCAAAAUGCUGCAUAAAGCUGUUAGCUGGCUACCAAACAAAUGUGCCAGCGAAAUAGAAAGUUUUGGUUUGUUGAACUAACUGCAAAUGUCAUAAUUUUUACAUUGCUAUUGUUUUCCUUUAUAUAUGUUUUACUAAGCAUAAACAGCUAGCUAUAGACUUAGCUAAGUCUCCCCAGCUUAAGUAUAUUUAACUGGGUGUCUUAGGUACUGUUUUGUUAGCUGGCUAGCUAAUGUUAGCUUCAAGGCUCCAUCCCAUAGCUAGCUUUAAUCUAUGAGUUUUGUCGUUAUUCCUCUUUUUUUAGGUAUUUAUAGCUACCUUAGUACUCAAACUUCUCUUCUUUUUUGAACACGAAUUAUGAUGUAACAACAAGCUAUAGCUACAAAAUCUUUCUUGAACUUUUAGGAUACUGUGACACAUUUUUAUGCCCAUAGAGAAUAAUUUUUUCACAUUUCCUGUAAACUUUACAAGGGGACCACAAUAUGACAAGUGGAACAAAUUUUAUAGAAUUUAAAGUGUGUGUAUUAAGUUAUUUUUUAUUGUUUUGUUUCCUCAUCCUGUUAAACUUUUGUCAGCCUACAUGUAAAAUGCCAGGUUUUUUUACAAGGGUUUUUGACAUUCGAUUGGAAAUUUAUAUAUACGUGGGUUUAUGACUUUGGGUUAAAAACAUUUUUGAGAGGAUGGUAUGGUUGUCAGUUUAUAUUGUUCGUGUUGCAAAAUGCUGUUUUUUUGAAAUUUUGUGUAAACUUUUGUGGAAAUAGACCACAUGCAAUAUAUAUACUGAAAGAACAAAUCUUUGUAGAAUCAGACUUCACUGUAAGCUGUUGUAAAGCUGAUGUCUUUAUCGGUAAAAAUAACAGCCAUAUUUUACUAAUUAAGAAAAAAUAAAACGAGUUUGAAAGUUAAAAAGUAUUUAUUUGUUAAGCUUUUCGUACACUAAGUACAUCUUCAGACUAUAUAAACAACUUUGUCUUUAUAUUUCGUAUUAUAAAUUAUUGUUUGGGAGAACUAACUGUAUGUGAUGUAAUUUUUGCUGGAAGAAAAUUCCAUGGUUUCACGUUUUUGUUUUUCUUGAGAAUUUUACAAAAUUUUGUAGGGAUAAAUGUUUGCUGAUAAUAAAAAAUUAUAUACUUAAUGUUCUGACUGAAACUGUUUUUGUUUUUUAUAUUUUGUAAUCUAAACGCGAGGACUGUAUGCACUGAAAUCACUGAUUUUUUUAAAUUUUGAUGUGUUUCAUAACCUUUUUGUAGAAGAUUAAUGGGUAAUGGCAAUAUACGACAUGCUGAAUGAACUUAUUUUUGUUGAUUUAGAUGUGUUUCUCAAAAACUGAUCUGUUUUACAUUUUGUGUAAACUUUUGUUUACGAACCAUAUACAAUGUUUCCAAAAUAAUGAUCUUUGUUGAUUCAAGUUUAUUCUUUGCUCAUUGAUUUUUUGACAUUUAGUUUUAAAAUUGUUGGUAAAGGGCAGUACGGAACUAAAAAGGAAAAUUUUUGUGUUCUUAACUGGUUGAUCUUUACAUUUUGUGUAAAUUUUUGUGGGAGAGGAUGGUAUCCAACCGUAAUGACUGAUUUUUCUAGAUUUAAAUUUGAUGUUUUCGAAACUAUGGCUUUUUCAUAUUUUUGUAUAAUCUUUUAAGGGAAAGACAAUAUUUAAAAUGUGUAAAAUAACUUAUAUAUUUGUUGAUUUGCGCUAACUCUUGCAGGCCUCCUUUUUGACAUUUCAGAAUAAAAUACUGA